AUGCCCCAACUCCUCCCACUACCCUGAUUCGGCACACUACUCUUUGCCUGAGUAGUUUUCUUAAUCUUCUUUCCUAAAAAAGUAACGGCCCACACAUUCCCUUACGACCCUACCCCCCUCAAGCCUCAAAAGCUAGAGAAAACCUCUUGAAAUUGACCCUGAGUGUAA